GAUUUUAAUAGGUUUCGAUUCUCCGAACCGUGCAGACGUGAUAAAGUUUUUCUCUCGUCACAUCUUUCUUUUCGUUUGGCGUUUCUCUUGUGUCAAGUCUGUUAAAUUUGUUUUGUGACAUUCGGCUCGUGUGUUGUUGGAGAGAAAGAGCAAAAGACCCACCACGGUUGAUAUCUCUCUCUGAAGGGAUCGAGCAGAUUCUCAGAUCUGUCAUGUGACAUUUUAAGUUCUGCUGCUAUCGGCAUCAAUUGACAGCAGAGUGUUUUUCGUCUGCGUUGCGUCUGCAUUGUGUAGUGAGAAAGUAAUUGGGGCGUUCCUGGAAUGAAAGCAAUUUUCUUUUCUUAAACUUCUGUAGAAAUUCGUAAUUUUUGGGGAAAAAAAAGAAGAAAAUCCUGUUGAAGACUAAUUCGCUAUCGCCACGUGUAUUGCCCUGGGGUUUAAAGUUCCCUCAUUUUCAUUUUAGCAAAUAGAAAGCCAUAACCAGGCCACUGUACACUCCCAGAGGCGGGGUUGAAAUUGUAGCGCAAUGGCGCUGUGGUCCUAUUUCGGCGAUAGGAGAAGCUUCCGCAGGGCUAUCCAGUCGUCGGAUUCCAAUCAAAAUGCCAGCCGACGUCUUGUCAACGGACAGCAGGCCAACCAUCGAGGGCGAAGCAUUAGCGAGACUUCCAACGACGGCGUACUCGAAGAUGUUGAAGAAGAGAUCCCCAGCACAGAAGGUUCAUCGCCCACCGAGAGCAGCGUCUAUCACAGUUUGCCCUCCUAUCAGGGAAGUCUUCAUCGACACAACACGCUCUUUAAGCGCUGGAUGGCCAGUCGUAAUCGAUCAGUGGACGAAUCAUCCAGUUCGCAUUCGCUCAAUCGUGCUCGAGGGGAAUUGUCAAACGAGCAACCCGUUGCCGUUCAUUAUCACCGACGCCCGGCGCAGACAACCAACAGCAACAGCAACAUCAUCAGCAGCAAUAAUAAUAACAGCACCACCAGCACAACCAUUACUAGUAGCAGUGGAAUGUAUUCACCCAAUAACAGUAGACAGCGCGUCCGACACUCUUCGGCGCCUGUUUCCAAUUUGCCACUGCGACUCGAUCCCCAUUUCAUUGACAAAAGUCUCAUCGAAGUCAAAGAAAUCGUCCAGCAGGAUGGCGAAGAGAAGACGUCAGAGGAGCUGGACAAUCAUGGCUAUUUUAACAAGGACAUUUGGAUCCCGAGAAGGAACUACGUUUACAGAAAGUCCUCGCUGCCACUACCCGUAAUCGUGACCGAAGACGUGGACGCUUCAGACGUGGAUAGAAGUCGCACCAUGGCCGACAACGGAGCCAGACCUCGAGCAGGAACUUGGAGUAUGCCUCACCCUAAUCCAGGACGCCAUGGCGGAACGUCGAAUUCUGUCGUUUCCAGUGCAACUCUCAUCAUCGCUGCACACGAUGAUCGACUGCGUCGGAAAUCUGGCGACGACGCCGGCCUGUUCGGAUCUCCCGGCCGUCACAAGACCCUCGGGAGCGCCCACAUUUUCGAGGCUUUUCGGCCGCGUUCCAAAUCGGAUGCCCAGCGUGCCAUCAAGAAACCAACUAUCAUGAGUACAGUCAAGAAUGCCGUCCAAAACUCGCUGAUGGGAUCACCGAUUGUUGCUGGUCGGAUUGCGUCACCGGGAAGUCAGAGCCCAUCUUCGCUUCCUUACGACGUCCCUUCCUCGUAUGGGAGCGGCAAUGGCGUCAGUGACAAAAACCGGACGCGAUCCAUCACGGAAGCGUCAACGUCACGCGGACCUGUUUCUAAAGUCAUGGAUAUGUUUCGGAAUCGUUCACAAAGUGUUUCCACUGACGACAAGCGCAAACAGAAAAAUCAGCCAGUUGUCGUCGUUAGCAACAACAGUCACGGUGCUUUGAUCCGGCGCGGCGAUGAUCGUCGAAGAGCCUCCCUAGGCGCCGGAAUUCCGGGCGCCCUGCGAACCGGCGAUAGCGCCUCGUUUGAUCCCAACCAUUCAGCCAUACUAUUCCGCGAUUCCAGAGGACUUCCAGUCGCCGAUCCUUUCCUGGAUAAGCUGGAUUUCGGAGAUUUGGAUGACGAAAAUCAAAUUUUUGUCAAGUUCUUCAAGUUCCACAAAUGUUACGAUCUCAUACCGACCAGCGCCAAAUUGGUCGUCUUCGACACUCAGCUUCUGGUGAAAAAAGCUUUCUUCGCACUGGUUCAUAACGGAGUUCGUGCUGCGCCAUUGUGGGAUAGCAAGAAACAAUGUUUUGUUGGCAUGCUGACCAUCACAGAUUUCAUCCGCAUCUUGCAAAUGUAUUACAAAUCUCCGAUGGUGCAGAUGGAAGAGUUAGAGGAGCACAAACUGGAUACUUGGAGAAGUGUUCUUCAGCAGGACUAUAAAGGACUCCAGAGUAUUAGUCCAGAUGCUUCUCUCUUUGAUGCUAUUUACACGCUGAUCAGUAAUCGAAUCCAUCGAUUGCCCGUUAUUGAUCCUCAAACUGGCAACGUAUUAUACAUCGUGACCCAUAAAAGAAUACUGCGCUUCCUGUUUCUAUACUUGAAGGACAUGCCGAAACCAAGUUUCAUGAACAAAACUUUGAGAGAGUUGAACAUUGGCACGUACGACAAUGUCGAAACUGCCAGUCCAGACACACCGAUAAUCACCGCAUUGACAAAGUUUGUCGAAAGAAGAGUGUCUGCUUUGCCUAUCGUCGAUUCCCAAGGCAGACUAGUCGAUAUCUACUCCAAAUUUGACGUCAUUAAUCUGGCUGCGGAAAAAACCUACAACAACUUGGAUAUUACUUUGACGCAAGCCAAUGAGCAUCGAAAUACUUGGUUUGAAGGAGUUUCCAAAUGUCAUCUGGACGAUUCUCUUGGCACAGUGAUGGAAAAAAUAGUCAGAGCCGAGGUUCAUCGUCUUGUUGUUGUGGAUAACGAGGAUCGCGUCAUCGGCGUGAUUUCCCUCUCCGACAUUCUUUCAGAACUCGUAUUAAAGCCGAGCCUGGCAUUUGCAGGCCAUUCGAAGAAAAACAGUUUGUGCUCUGAUGCUGAAAACACGGGCACCAUACCGGAAGAAACUGCAUCUGAUGAUGAGAUCGAACUCGCCUCCAGGGCGGAGACCUUGGACCAGCCAGUAACAGCGAGCGAGGAUAUAGCUAUGAUGGAUGACGAAGAAGAGUGUUCAAGGGAAAUACGUGAUGCCCUCAAUGGUGUUACUAUGGCAGAAACCAAUGAGCCGCCGGUUGUUUCAGUAGGAGAGUGAUCAUCUUCAUUUCACACACAUUGCGGCAUAUGUACCCAUCUGUUCCCCUCCCCUCCUUUUUUUUGUUGGAUGUCAAAUUUAAUGUUUCAUACGUCAACCGGAAUUAUGAGGAGAUUUUUUUCAUUCGAAAGCAUUGUGAUUUCAACUAACCCCAUUUGCAACGCUGUUUAUUUUUCCUCCUCUUUGCAGCUGGGUAAUUUGUUGAUAAUCAACAGCAUGAUAUCUCUGUGUACGUUGUCUCUUCUGAUUCUUAUCUCUCGUGAGAGCAACACGAAAUAUUAUACAUAUAGUAUACAUAAUAUGGGAAGAAGAAGAGCAAGCAGUGACAUCCAUUUGAAGCUCGUUGGUUUCUAUUUGAUAUAAUUAUCUCAUACCUUUCUGAUUUAUUUUUUCUGUUUUAAUUAUUUUCCUCUUUUUGUUGCCAUACGUUACCAUUUCGCCAAGUUUUUUAAUGAGCUUCUAUCGCUCACAGCUCUCAUAAAUAAAAGAGUAAUUGUGUGAUUUAUGAGCUGGCGCGUGAAAAUGUAUACAUCCCUCUUUAACCCAACGUUCCUUAGGCUUUAGUGUCAAACGAUUUGUACUUUCCGAGUACUUGUGCAUAUGAAUUAAGCAAGUGGAACUAAAAAAAAAAUUAGGUGACCUGAGAUUUCGCAAGGAAAAAAAAAUCAUGCGAGGGCGCUUAUGUUCUAUAGAAAGAUUAAAUACAACAUGUCGAAAUUACAA